AUGACUAUAACAUUUAUUCCAGGAGAAGUCAACAAGAGUAAUUAUUCUGUUGCGCAUUCCAAUUGGAAGAACCACCACAUUAUAGCAUAUGGUUCCGGUAACAACUUGAUAAUUACCGGUGGCACGGUUCAGCCAACUAACAAAAACCCAAAUCCAUUUAAUGUAGACAAGAGCUUGCAAACAAUAUAUUUGGAUAGAGAUCCACUGGCUAUUGAUAUCAACCCUGAAAACGGAUACAUACUAGUUUCUAUUGAGUCCAAAAUUCUCGUCUAUAAACCAAUGAACGAGUAUAUGAAAAUACCUAAAUGGCAACUGAGUAUUGAAAUAGAUGUCAACGAGUCUACAAUAAACUGUAUUAAGUGGGCAUCAGAGGAAAAUGAAAUUGUCGUAGGUACGGAUUCGGGAUUAUACUUGUUUUAUUUGUACGAGGAAUAUGGGGAGUUGAAAUAUAGAAAACGAUGGCAAGCAAAUCAAGUUAACCCUGUUACUGAAAUAUUGGUAACCCCUAAUUCAAAAAUGAUAAUGACGAAAAGUGGACUGUUUGAUCGGUUAAUUAAAGUCUGGACAAGAAUCAGCUAUGGUGAUGAAAACACUUUGUUUGAAGUAACCUAUUUACCACAUCCACAGGGGACGUUUGUGAUCGAUUAUCAUUUGAAGAAACAAAUCACUGAAGAAGACAAAAAGAACGAAAUAGAUGCAUCCAUGGCUAACAUCAAAAAUAUUCGAGACUAUUUAAACAAUGCGACCGAUGAAGGUGAAGUUAUCUAUUCGUUUUGUUCGGACUACAAAUUCAGAGUGUGGGCUUCAUGUGAACAUAGUGGUCAUAACCAGAUAAAUAAUUGGGCUACACUUGAUUUGAAGGAAGUUUUCCUGAAGAUAAGUACUGUUAUUGUGAUAGAGAAUUACCAUUUACGUGAGACAUUGAUCCCUGCCUUGAAGAAUAGUGAUUGCACUUUAUUCAACGGUUUAGAUAUUAAUGAUUUAGAUUUAUUGUUUGUUGUAUCAGAUACUGCAGAAGUAAAGAUUUAUGCUAUCACAAAUAUCUCACAGUGUCCACCAACCAAAAUUCUUUUUACACCAAUAUCAGGGAACUACCAUUUUGGUAAGAAUGAAUAUCCAUUGAUCAACACACAAGUAAAAACAGAGAAAAUAUCAAGCAGUUAUAUUGAAUCGGAAGAGUUUAUCACUACCGUAUUGAAACCGCUAUUAGUGAAAGAAAUUUGCAUAUUAAAUGAAAGAGUGCCCUUUUUAACCUUUUUGCUACAUGACAGAGUUAAAAACACAUUGAGAUUUAAUAUUAUGAAUAUCGAAAAGUUAGCACGUGGCUCCAAACUUGAAUCUGUAUUGAUAAACAAAUACCAAGGCCACACCAAAUCAAUUAGAAAGUUAGUCAAGUCAAACUCGUCUUUCUCACAGAACAAUGUGUUGCUUUCCAUUCUGAAUUUCCCUCAACAUAAUUAUAUUUGGGAACCAAUGUUGCUUCAAACUAAUACCAUGUCGGUGACUAAAAGAUUCCAGAUAAAUGUUGAGUCAGGUAUAGUGAAUGCAGUGAUAAUCAAUGAUGUAGAGCCACCAGUUGAUUGGAAACGAAGACACAUUGUUGUUACCACAGGCAGGAACAACGAAAUUAGUGUUUGGGAUUGUAAUGGCUCUACUAAUGAUGAUCAACCCGCAGAUUUAAUUACCAAGGUUAAAACUGGGGUUGAGAAAGAUCCAUUGGUGUUUGUUUUAACCGAGUAUCCUGAUAAUACUCAAGCAGAAAGAAAGUAUUGUGUUGUGGCAUUGUAUGCCCAUGAUCAAAUAAAAUCAUGGAAACUUUCCUUACAUUAUAAACAGAAUAAGAUUACUGAUAUAUUAUUUGAUGAAGAAAGCGUAGCUUCGCUUCCUCAAGAGGAAGAGAUUUAUCAAGCCACUGCCGUGGAUGCGUUUGUCUCCGAGGCAAACAAAAGUUUAAUUGCAGUGAUUUCCAAAAAUGGAUUGCUAAAGAGCUAUUCGUUAAAUUUUGACGAGUCUAUUAGAUGGAAAAAAGUCAGUGAACUUGAAACAAAUGUUUCCGCUGCUAGCAAGAUUCAUGGUUCAACUGUUAUUAACAAAUUUGCUGUUGUGGAUUCUACUGGUUAUAAAUUGUCAAUAUGGGAUGUCAUGCAGGGGGUGUUGGAAUAUGAAGAAACCUUCCCAGAAUCAAAUGGUCCAGUUACGGAUUUGGACUGGACGUUUCUUAGUGCAUCAAAGAUGAAACUGACCUCAAAUGCUCUUUUAUCUGUUGGAUUCAGUCGUUUUGUAUUAUUGUACACUCAGUUACGUUAUGAUUAUACAAACAAAAUUCCAGCAUAUGCUACAUUGAAGAAGAUUGACAUUUCCGAUUUUACAUCACAUGAAAUUGGAGACCUGAUAUGGCUAGAUGGAGGCUACUUAAUCAUUGGUGCCGGUAAUCAAUUUUUCAUUGAUGAUAGGUGGGUGAAAUUAGGGUCAAGUGCUAUCGACAGUACCAUACGUCAAUUGAUGAGUGGGUACACGGACGACGAUGAAGAAAUGGUAUUUGAUAUUUCUUAUUUAGUUAGAGUUCUUAAUGGUCCAUUACCAAUUUUCCAUCCACAAUUUGUGAUACAAGCUUUGUUUAUUAUGCAAUUUACUGCGGUGAAGAAAAUACUUGUACAAUUAUUCCAAGUCAUUCGAAGAGGAGAUGUUAUCACAUGGGAUUUGAACACUGAUGUUGAGAACUUAUUUCGUAAUGAUGAAAUCUACCAGCCUAAACGAAGAAUGUCAUUAACUUUGGAUACAUUCACUGAGUUUAAUGAUGAGGUGGCUGAUUUAUUGAUUGAGAGACUUAUGAAAAUAUCCUUACCUUUGUUGACCCGACACCAGCAAUCAACUUUGAUUUCCACAAUUGUUAUAGUUAAAGAUUUUACAAAGGAUAUGUUGGUAGAAUUGGAUCCUAAUGGAAUCAGAUAUUUAAUUCUGUUGAAAUUAUCGAGUACUGCGACUGCCACAUCAACAUCUUCUGCAACCACAAAGAAACGAUUAGCCCAAAUACAAUGGGCCAUGAUGUGUAAGACUCCUGACAUUCUAUUAGAACAUGUUACUAAGCAUUAUGGAGGUAAAAUUAAAUGGAAGGAAAUGAAAGAUAGUGGUAUGCCAUUUUGGGUUGAAAAAAAUUCAUUCACCAAACUAUUUGAAAAAAUGGCUGCUUUGGAGUUCAAGGAUGCACCAUUGGGUAGAAUAUGUUUGUAUUAUCUUCUGUUGAAGAAGAAAGAUAUUUUGAUUAGAUUGAUCAAACAUAAAGACGAUAAAGAAAAGAAUAAAAUUAUUGGCUUUAUGCAAAAAGAUUUUACGCAAGCUUCUAAUAGAUCUUCAGCAUUGAAAAAUGCUUAUGUGUUAUUAGGGUUGCAUCGAUAUUUGGAUGCUGCAUACUUUUUCUUAUUAGCAGAUGCUCCUAAAGAUUGCUGCAGAAUACUUGCAGAUAAAGUUGAUUCUGAUCUUGCAGUUGCCGUUGCUAAAGUGUAUGGAGUUGAAGAUAUAGCUGAAAAUCAAUUACUGAUUUCAAACAUGGAUUAUUUACACGAUCCAAUUCUUUUGUUGAAUAGUGAUAACUUUUACAAAUCAGAGUUAUCGGAGACGCUUAUUAGAAUUUGCAUGAUUUACACUAGAAUGGGUUGUGAUUAUAUUGCCUUAGAGUUAUUGAAAAAUUGGAAGUUUGCUGAUAAGUAG